AUGACCAACAUUCGUUACGCCACGGAAGCCGACGCGCCCGCAAUCGCAGAGCUGAACGUCGUCUGUUUCCAACAUGCCCCCAUGUACCGCAACAUGUUCCCGAAUAUGGACCCGCUAGCCGCCCUGCCCAUGAAACUCUCCCGCACCUACGACAAACUCUCAAACCCCAAGAUGCAUUUACUAGUAGCCACGGACCCAGCCUCGAAUCAGAUCCUGGGAUGCGCACGGUGGGUUAUCCCCGACAUCAAAGGGCGGAGCGAGAAUGAGAUGGUGGCUCUCUCGGACGAAGCAAGGGCCACGGCGGCGCAGAUGGCGCAGCUGCGGCCCGCAGGGAUGAAUGUAGCGGUCUACGACGCAGUCCUGACAGCGCUGGAGGGGACGAGGCAGAAAUACGUCCAGGAGGAUGAUAUCGUUCUGGAACUUUUGGUGACGCAUCCCCAGCAUCAAGGGAAAGGGGUGGGAAAGGCCCUGCUUGACUGGGGAAUGCGGAUGGCGGACGAGAGGCAUGUCCGGAUUUAUCUGGAGGCCACGCCGGAGGGGUAUCCGCUGUAUCGCAAGUCUGGAUGGCGGGAUGUGGAGGACCUUGUGAUGGAUUACUCGUUGUACGGGGGAGAGGGAGAUGCCACAUAUGUGGUUAUGAUUCGGGAGCCGGCCAAUUACCCAAACUGA